GUGCCGCCGCCGUGGUGUCCAGGGGUGACUUGGGUGUCUCCAGGUGCAGGAAAUUCAGGUGGCUGCUGCCCAGCACGGUGGGACAAGGUUUUAUCCAUCCCGGUGUCCCGGCACGGGUGGGCGAGCGGCGGCCGUGCUGGCAGCCGUGCCGGGGCCUUGCGGUGGCGGCCGUGCCGGCGGCCGUGCCGGGGCCUUGCGGUGGUUGCGCCGAAGCGGUUGCCUUUGCUCCUGCGGCUCCAGCAGCAGCCGGGUAGCGUUAGGACCCAGCGAGCUGGCAGCGCGGUGACAAGUCUGGAGCAGCACUAGCGCAGAGUAGUCUCCAUCAGCCGGGCUGGAUUUUUGUGUGUCCCUGUGUUAAAGAAUCCUCUGCCAGAAAAGGGCUUUUUUUCCCCUUUCUGUGUGGCCCAGCAGAGCCUCGCCGGGGGGACACGGGGAUGGUUAGAUCGGCGGAAAUGUGAAAAACCUCUGCUGAAUAACCGCUGGCCAUGAACUGAGAGCAUUAUCUAAAAAUAAUAAAUCUUUAAAAUAAAGAGAAAAGCCAGCAGCAGCAUGGCCCAGAGCAAGAGACACACAUACGGCCGGGCAUCCGGCACCGGCACCAGGAUGAGCGUGGAAGGGAGCAGCAAGCCCCUGAAGGUGGGCUCCAGAGUCGAAGUCAUCGGGAAAGGGCACCGUGGUACUGUGGCUUAUGUCGGUGCCACCCUGUUUGCCACGGGAAAGUGGGUCGGCGUCAUCCUGGAUGAAGCAAAGGGCAAGAACGAUGGGACCGUGCAGGGCAGGAAAUACUUCACCUGUGAAGAAAACCACGGCAUCUUUGUGCGGCAGUCACAGAUCCAGGUCUUUGAAGAUGGCGCUGAUACAACAUCCCCAGAAACACCAGAAUCUGCUGCCUUGAAAGUCCCCAAGAGAGAUUCUGUGGACGCCGCCAAAGCCAGCAAACUGCGUGGAGUGAAGCCUAAAAAGGCCCCGGCAACACGGAAGACCACCGCCCGGCGGCCCAAGCCCACCCGGACCCCCAAUUCUGCGGCAUCCAGCGGCACGGCCGGGCCCUCGGGCUCAGCCUCUGCCUCCGGCGGGGAGAUGAGCAGCAGCGAGCCCAGCACGCCUGCUCAGACGCCGCUGGUGGCCCCGGUUAUUCCAACUCCCUCCCUGACCUCUCCGGUGGCACCUCCGGUUCCCUCGCCCACAAAGAGCAGCUCGGCAGAGUCUCGGUGUCUCCACGAAGGCCAGGAGGAGGAAAAUUUGCGUUCUCAAGUCAGGGACCUGGAGGAGAAAUUGGAGACUCUGAAGAUAAAGCGAAAUGAAGACAAAGCAAAGCUUAAAGAGCUCGAGAAGUACAAGAUCCAGCUGGAGCAGGUGCAAGAAUGGAAGAGCAAAAUGCAAGAGCAACAGGCUGAUCUCCAGAAACGAUUAAAGGAGGCCAAAAAGGAAGCCAAAGAUGCCUUGGAAGCCAAGGAGCGGUACAUGGAGGAGAUGGCAGACACCGCCGAUGCGAUUGAAAUGGCAACCCUGGACAAGGAGAUGGCAGAGGAGCGAGCGGAGUCCCUGCAGCAGGAGGUGGACUCCCUGAAAGAGAAGGUGGAAUAUCUCACAAUGGACCUGGAGAUCCUGAAGCACGAGAUCGAAGAGAAAGGCUCGGAUGGAGCAGCGUCCAGUUACCAAGUCAAACAGUUGGAAGAGCAAAACGCAAGACUCAAGGAAGCUCUUGUAAGGAUGCGGGACUUGUCUGCGUCAGAGAAGCAGGAACACGUGAAGCUCCAGAAGCAAAUGGAGAAGAAAAACACGGAGCUGGAGUCCCUGCGUCAGCAGAGGGAGAAGCUUCAGGAGGAGGUGAAGCAGGCAGAGAAAACGGUGGAUGAGCUAAAGGAGCAGGUGGAUGCUGCUUUGGGUGCUGAAGAGAUGGUGGAGACUCUGACGGAGAGGAACUUGGACCUGGAGGAGAAGGUCCGGGAGCUGCGCGAGACGGUUGGGGACCUGGAAGCCAUGAAUGAGAUGAAUGACGAGCUGCAGGAGAACGCCCGGGAGACAGAGCUGGAGUUACGGGAGCAGCUGGAUAUGGCGACGGCGCGGGUCCGCGAGGCAGAGAAGCGCGUGGAGGCUGCGCAGGAGACCGUGGCCGACUACCAGCAGACCAUCAAAAAAUACAGAGAGCUGACAGCACACCUCCAGGACGUGAACCGAGAACUCAUGAGUCAGCAAGAAGCAUCUGCCGAGAAACAGCAGCAGCCUCCUCCCGAGAUGUUUGACUUCAAGAUUAAAUUUGCGGAGACGAAAGCCCAUGCUAAGGCCAUCGAGAUGGAGCUGCGGCAGAUGGAGGUGCAGCAGGCCAACCGGCACGUCUCCCUCCUCACCUCCUUCAUGCCCGACAGCUUCCUGCGCCACGGAGGGGACCAUGACUGCAUCCUGGUGCUGCUGCUCAUCCCUCGGCUCAUCUGCAAGGCUGAGCUGAUCAGCAAACAGGCUCAGGAGAAGUUUGAUCUGAACGAGAACUGUGCGGAGCGCACCGGCCUCAGGGGUGCUGCGGGCGAGCAGCUGAGCUUUGCUGCCGGGCUGGUCUAUUCCCUGAGCCUCCUGCAGGCUACGCUGCACAAAUACGAACAGGCCCUGAACAAAUGCAGCGUGGAGGUCUAUAAGAAGGUGGGGAUGCUGUACCCCGAGAUGAGCGUCCACGAGCGCUCACUGGACUUCCUGAUCGAGCUGCUGCACAAGGACCAGCUGGAUGAGACGGUCAACGUGGAGCCGCUGACCAAAGCCAUCAAGUACUACCAGCAUCUGUACAGCAUCCACCUGGCUGACCAGGCUGAAGACUGCACGAUGCAGCUGGCCGACCACAUCAAGUUCACCCAGAGUGCCUUGGACUGCAUGGGGGUGGAGGUGUGCCGGCUGCGAUCCUUCCUCCAGGCCGGGCAGGAGGCGUCCGACCUUGCCAUCCUCCUCAAGGACCUGGAGACCUCCUGCAGUGACAUUCGCCAGUUCUGCAAGAAGAUCAGGCGCCGCAUGCCCGGGACGGACGCUCCGGGUAUCCCGGCGGCACUGGGCUUCGGGCAGCAGGUGUCGGACACGCUGCUGGACUGCCGCAAGCACCUGACGUGGGUGGUGGCCGUGCUGCAGGAGGUGGCCGCUGCCGGGGCGCAGAUGAUCGCUCCUCUGGCGGAGAACGAGGGGCUGCUGGCGGUGAAGCUGGAGGAUCUGGCCUUCAAAGCGAGCGAGCAGAUCUACGGCACCCAGGGCAUCAACCCCUACGAGUGUCUGCGUCAGUCUUGCAGCAUCCUCAUCGCGACCAUGAACAAGAUGGCCACGGCUAUGCAGGAGGGAGAAUACGACGCGGAUAGGCCACAGAGCAAGCCCACCCCACCUGCUGACCUACGGGCAGCGGCUCUUCGGGCAGAGAUCACCGAUGCUGAGGGGCUGGGGCUUAAGCUGGAGGACAGGGAGACAGUCAUCAAAGAGCUGAAAAAGUCCCUCAAGAUCAAGGGCGAGGAGCUCAGCGAAGCAAACGUGCGGCUCAGCCUCCUGGAGAAGAAGCUGGACAGCGCGUCCAAGGAUGCAGAUGACCGUGUGGAAAAGAUACAGACAAAGCUGGAUGAGACCCAGACGCUGCUCAAGAAGAAGGAGAAGGAGUUUGAGGAAACCAUGGAUGCUCUUCAGGCAGAUAUCGACCAGCUGGAAUCGGAGAAGGUGGAGCUGAAGCAGCGCUUGAACAACCAGUCAAAGCGAACCAUCGAGGGCCUGCGCGGCGCCCCUGCCUCUGGAGUUGCCUCCAUCGUGUCCGGCAUCGCUGGAGAGGAACAGCAGAGAGGCGUCGGUGCCAGCCAGGUGAUGGGAGGUGGCUCAGGACCCGUCCAGGUGAAGGACUCGCCUCUUCUCCUCCAGCAAAUCGAUGCCCUGCAGCUUUCCAUCAAGCACCUCAAGAAUGAGAACAACCGGCUCAAGGGAGCCCAGAUGAAGAUGGAGCUGGCCAGCCUGACGCCUCUGCAGGUCCCCAAGAUCUCCCUCCCCAAGAACAGGCAGGGAGAAGGUCUGGCCACACACACGCUGUAUCGCAAGACCAGCCAGCUCCUGGAAACCCUCUAUCAGAUGAGUGCCAACGCCAAGGUUGUGGACAUGAAGCAGACCAAGUCGGCAAGGAGCUCGUCGGCACGGCUGCUGGAGCAGACGACCCGCCUGUGGUCCCUCAAAGCCAGCAUCGACACGCUGCGGGAUGACACCAUGAGAGAGACGGUGCAGCAGCAGCUGGGCGCCAGCGUCCCCACCAACUUUGGCAUCUUCCCCUCCUCCUCCUUCCUGAAGGCCAAGAAGGAGGAGGAGGAGGGCAUGGCGUACUACGGCAAAGUGACCUUCCCGUGCCCGCCGGGGCACAGCCAGGCGCACCGGCUGCUCCUCACCCCGGAGCUGCUCCACAAGCUCCAGAGCCACUUCGUCUCCUAAGCCGGCAGCCGCCCCCGCACAGACUGAGGGUCGUUGCACACACAACCCCCCCCCCCCGCUGCGUGUCCCCCCGGAGCCCAGUGCUGGCCCGGGCCCCGGCCGCCGCCGCCGCCUCCUCCCGGGGGACCCGGCCCCGUUUCCCCCCGUCCUGUCCCGCUGGGGGGGCGGGAGCCGCGUUCCCCUGGGGUGAGCCGGGCCCCGCCGGGGGCUCCCCCCGCCCCCCCCCGCUGCUGCCAGCGCUGUCAGACACUACCGCCGCCCCCCGGGACCCCCCGCGGCCCGGACUGCGCUCCCGCCCUGCGCCCGUGGGGCUCCGGGGCUGCGGCCGCCCCGGCCUCGGCACUCGCGAUCUCCAAUAAAGCUGCCCUGA